AGGCAGCUUUAUAUGGUGGGUUUGUGUUCCUUGCUGUCAGGUUCUCCAGAGAUGGAAACAAGGAGGUUAGAGGGGAAAUGGGAGAAUGAAGAGCCGGACACUGAGGAUCCUCUGGACACAAUAAAGAGGGAAAUGGAUCCCGUUCCUGGGGCCGGUGGGAACAUGAAGGCUGAGCACAGUUCUGAACUGCCCAAACCAGAGACUGACUGGGAGUCCGGCACAAGAUCUGGCGAUUGCUUAACAAGCUCUGAUGGAUCAGGUUUUAUCUGCAGUAAAUGUGGGGAGACCUUCCCUUUAAAUAGCGAUCUUCUCACCCACCUCUGUGGGACACACAAGAGAAUCUACUCCAGAGAAAAACUAGAUUGUGGGAAAAAAAUUUCUUUAUUCCCUAGUUUUGUUGCGCACAAGAGAAUCCACACAGGAGAGAAACCUUUCACCUGUACAGAAUGUGGGGAAACUUUUAAGAAUGAGCACUACCUUCUCAGACACCAGAAAAUUCACAUAAAACAAUUUGCCUGUACAGAAUGUUCGGAAAACUUUACUACAGAGAGAAGACUCCAAAUUCACCAAAUGAUUCACAUGGAAAAGGACAAAUUUACCUGUACAGAAUGUGGGGAAAGCUUUACUGGAAAAGGAGGCCUUGAAAUACACCAAAGAACUCACACUGGGGAGAAACCAUUCACUUGUGCAGAAUGUGGGAAAUGUUUUUCUUUUGAGAUCUGCCUUAACCGCCACUACAAAACUCACACUCGAGAGAGACCGUUCAUUUGUACAGAAUGUGGGAAAAGUUUUUCUGACAAAAGUAGACUUCGAGUGCACCACAGAAGUCACACUGGUGAGAAACCAUUCACCUGUACAGAUUGUGGGAAAUGUUUUUCUGUAAAGAGCAUCCUUAACCGCCACCGCCAAGCAAUUCACUCUGGAGAGAAACCAUUCAUUUGUACAGAAUGUGGAAAAGGAUUUGCUUCAAAGCAUUACCUUUAUGGACACAAAAGAACUCACACUGGAGAGAAACCAUUCAUUUGUACAGAAUGUGGGAAAGGAUUUGUUUCAAAGCAUUACCUUCAUGGACACAAAAGAACUCACACUGGAGAGAAACCAUUCAUUUGUACAGAAUGUGGGAAAGGAUUUGUUUCAAAGCAUUACCUUCAUGGACACAAAAUAACUCACACUGGAGAGAAACCAUUCGUUUGUACAGAAUGUGGGAAAGGAUUUGCUUCAAACUAUUACCUUCAUGUACAUAAAAGAACUCAUGCUGGAGAGAAACCAUUCACCUGUACAGAAUGACGGCAAAGGUUUUCUUUUUAAACUACCCUUUACAAAGACACAAGAGAUGGGAAGAACCUCAUAUGGGUCGCUGAUAAAUGGAAAAGGUGAUAGAACAUCACUGCUAGAAGAUGACUUUAAACUCACAUUUUUGGCUAUAAAAUGGUUUCAGCUUAUGAAGGGCAAACAUGGCGCCCAACUCUUUACAGUUAAGAGAAUUAUCUAGCCCAAAAGAUACAGUGCGGUACCUUCUGCCAAGGAAAUGUUCCUGAGACUCGGCCUAUGUCCCUGCCGUCCCAUUGUUUCAGAUUAAUGGGCUGAUCAUAAAAGGAUUGUGCAGCUGUUGAGUAGGACGAGGGUUAUAAUCCCUUGGGGUGUCCCAUGAGCCGCCAGUUUAGCAGAUCAUUAUAAUGUACAGAAUGGAACCAUGAGGAUGAGUAGGAGAUGCUCUGAUGAAGGAGUCACUCUUUGCAAUUGCUGAUACAUGGCAGGUCUACUAGGAUUCACACAGUUACUACUGGGGGUAACAAUAGUGAUUGCUACAAAUGAGCAAGAUAUUGAAACCAAAUGACAUUUGUAUCUAAUGGGUUGAGGGAAAAGGGCAGUUUGGAUGUCACAGCCCAAUAUUCCAAUCAUUUCCCUAAUAAUCAUAACAUUGUAACCAUUAACCUGAAUAGCAAAAAAGAAUAAAUGAAAUAAAGGACCAUAGAAUCUAAA